AUCUUUUCGAGGUUUAGUCGGGCUUAAAACAGUAGUUUGUAAUAACAACACUCACUUCUGCUUGCUUGGAAUGAAAACUGUUGCCAUUUCUCGCUGUGUUUGGCAUUUUGCACAAUCAACUGCGCUGUUGUGUUCACAAAAACUCAAUAUCGUGAAAAUCAAUUCUAGUCAAUUCUUGCUCAUAAACAGAUCCUUAUCUACAAUUCCUCAAAAGAAAUCAUCUGAAUCAACUGUGCAUCAUGUUUUGAAAACUGCGUAUUCUUCGGAUUCAUGGACAAAUGUUUCGCCAUCUGUUUUGAGUAAAAUAGAGCACAGACUUCACCUUCAGCAAAACCAUCCACUUGCUAUUCUUAAAACCAAGAUCGAAGAUUACAUGCUACAUUCACAACCCUCUAUAUACAAGAUUAUAGAUUCUAUGGUGCCAGUUGUAUCACCCAAACAGAAUUUUGAUGAUUUGCUUAUUGGUCCAGAUCAUCCUGGGCGACUUCCAACAGAUACAUACUAUUUGAAUCGCGACAAUAUUCUGCGUACUCACACAUCUGCUCAUCAAUCGACUGUUUUGGCAAGCAAAUCGUCUGAAGGAUACCUUUUAACAGCAGAUGUAUAUCGCAGAGAUGAAGUGGAUCAAACACAUUAUCCAGUUUUUCAUCAAAUGGAAGGUAUACGCACUUUUGACCGUCGCCAGUUUUCCAGCUCGCAGCAUACAGCAGCCGAGGCUGCUACAGCCAUUGGUAUAAGUGAAAACAAAAUUCAAUCAAUGCAUACACCCGCAGAGGUCAUGGCUUUAUCUCGGCAUUUAAAGGACACUCUUGAAAAUUUGAUUCGUUGUGUUUUUGCUGACGAGCCUAACCUUCAAUGGCGCUGGAACGAAGAUUAUUUCCCAUUUACUAGUCCGAGCUGGGAGCUAGAAGUGUUUUAUAAUGGCAAAUGGCUUGAACUUUUUGGGUGUGGAGUAGUGAGACAAGAGAUCAUGAACAAUAGCGGAAACAGCGAUCGAGUUGCUUGGGCUUUUGGAUUAGGAUUGGAACGUAUUGCAAUGCCUUUGUUUAAUAUUCCUGAUAUUCGACUGUUUUGGUCAACCGAUCCACGAUUUACAUCUCAGUUUAUGUCUGGAAAAAUGUCUAAAUUUAAACCUUUUUCAAAGUAUCCUUCAUGCUACAAAGACAUUUCAUUUUGGAUCCCUUCAUGGUUUCACGAAAACGACUUUUUUGAAGUUGUUCGAGAUGUUGCCGGAGAUUUAGCAGAAGAAGUUAAAUUGGUUGACGAGUUUAAGCAUCCAAAAACCAGUCGAACCAGUCAUUGCUAUCGAAUCAACUACCGCUCCAUGGAUAAAACAUGCACGAAUGCCGAGAUUGAUAUUACACAAGAGAAACUGCGCAUUGCUGUUGUACAACAGUGUGGAGUAGAACUUCGAUAAAGUAUCAUCGCCAUCAAU